AGUGUACAAAAACGUGCCCCCCCCCCCGCUGUCAAUCAACCGGAGAUCCCAAGCUCGUUCAGAAACGACAACACUCAUUAGAUUUCCUUCUUAACCUAACCCCCAUUCACUCAUUCAUUUAAUAAAAUGCAGUUUCUAUCUUUUCUUUCGCUGUUGGCGCUGGCUACCGCCACAUCGGCCCAAAAAUGUCAACUCCAGUUCGACGGGCGAGUUCCUGUUGGAUCCACGCCUGCCUCCUUUGACGUCAACACCAGUCCCUUCGGCACCAAGAACGUGUUUGGCCAAAACCUCACAUGGAGCAAAAUCAUCGUGUUACCAAACAUCACUCGAUCUCUCUUUGACGGUACCGCCAACAUCCCCCUCGAAGUCACGCUCUCCGAUGCCUCGAUCUUCGCGCCUUCAGCGACGAACAUACAGACCGGAUUCCGCCGCGCAGAGCUCAACCCGGCGUCGAAUAAUGGAACCGACCCGUCCACGUUGGGCGUUAAGACGCUGCACUUCUCCGUCCGCAAAGAUAAUGCUAGGCCUUUAAACAUCAGCCAUGAAUAUCAACUUGUGUUCUUGGAAGAUGCGAAGUUCACCACGAAUCAGUUUGUGUUGAAGACUGGCACUAUUGCGGGACAGCCGGCGGGGCAGAAUCCGGAUCUGUUGGUGCUGCAGGGGAAUGUGAAUGCGCCUGUUAUCGAAAAUCUGUUUAAUGUUUCGUUCACUGCGAAUGUGUGGCACAAUUUCGCAUUAACUUUGAACUUCACUGCUAACACGGUCCAAACGUUUUACUCGCAGAAUGCCGCGGCGUUGGCAAGUGUUACUGGCGUGGUUAGCAAUGAUCUGUCGGGCCAAGGGCAAUUUCAUUUUGGAGCUCUAAAGAAAGGGACGGGCGUGAACUUGACGGAUGUCACGAAGCAGGGAUUCCAGGAAAGUGGGAUUAACGAGGGGGUUAUUUAUGGAGGCAUCUUUGAGGAGAUUAGCACUUGUGGGUGUGUGAGUUUGUGCCCAUGAAGUGCGAAUAUGGCCCGUGGUAUGUUGGGUGUAAAACAGCGUUUGAAUUUUUUGCAUUCCCAAUCGCAUUCAGCUAGUUGCUGAAAUUUGAGUGAGGGGGAGAACAAAGUAUGAAUUGUUCCUUCUUCCUUGCAAUCCAGGCUCAUCACUGUUGCUAGCAUUCAAAGUAGAUUUAUGUUCAUGGUUAAAUGUUUCGUCAGGUUUCAAAGCCCCAACCCAUUAUACCAUCUAUCAGGAGCCAAGCAUUUCCC